GCGGGGUGGCUGCUCUCCGCCCUCCGGGGAGAUAAAGAGCGGCGACCGCAGCCCGCCCGCGUCUCUCGGCGCUGCCGGCAGCAUGACGGCCAUCGGGGCGCAGGCGCAGCAGCUGCUGGCGCACCAGAGACCACGGAAAUCCUUCUUUGAGACGCUCAUCAGGAGCCUGAUCAUCCUGUGCGUGGCCAUAGCCGUGGUCCUGUCGUCCAUCUCCAUCUGCGACGGCCGCUGGCUCUUUGCGAGGGGGCAGCUCUUUGGACUGUGGCACUUCUGCACCCUUAGCAAUGACAGCGUCCUGAAGUGUGUCACCAACCUCAGCCUGGCRCAGGUGGAGGGGCUGAGCGUGGGGAUGAUUCCCAUCAGGAGCAUGGUGUCCUUUGCUGUUGUGGUUGCCAUMUUUGGCCUGGAGCUGCUGAUGGUGUCCCAAGUCUGCGACGAUGCCAAUGCAAGGCGGAAAUGGACAAUGGGUUCCGUUCUCAUCCUUGUCUCCUUUCUGCUGUCGGCCACUGGUGUUCUGAGCUUCUCCAUCCUCGUGAAGGAUCACCUCACCUUCACAGGCUUCACGCUGACAUACUGGUGCGAGUUCAUUUCUGCCUUCCUCUUCUUCCUUAACGGCAUCAGUGGACUUCACAUCAACAGCCUCACACACCUCAGGAGCCGGGUAGGCAAAAUCUAGGCACAAAGGAUGUACCUCUGCCUUUGUGUAAUCAGCUUUGCCAAUUAGACUGGAAAAAAAGAGUCUAAUGAAGUUUGAAAAGUUCGCCCUGUGUUAAUUUGUGUGCAAGGAGGGGAAGCAUGAGUCAGUCUUGAUGCCUGUAGAAGAUAUAUCCACCCACUGGUCAGCAAGGAGGGCUGUGCAACACCAGCAAAGCCAAGACUGGGACUGGCUGCUGCUGCAAUGUGGUUUUCUGGAGAAGUGGAUUAAAGCUGGGGGUGUCCUGUUAACCGUGGAGAGGUUUGGAAGACUGCAGUCCAUCACAYACGUUCUGAGGCUUGCAUGACACCUGUACUACUGUGGGUUUGGUGUUGCUUUUCCCCAUAUUCCAGAGCCUGUGAAGCAUGUAACACAACUUCGGURUGUCUCAUGGGAUUGUUCUGGCUCAGGGACACAUGAUUUCUGCCUGGCCAUGCUCACUGUUGUGGAGUAUUGAAAAGCUUCACUGGAUCUUAUUCUUCCRUUUUUCUUUCAAAAGAGAAGCCACACAGAACUUGAUCUGGUCACAGGUUUUGUUUCCUUCUGGCACAUUCCYUUUAUCUGUUCUUUCCUCAGUUUUUUGGGUGGUGCUGACCUGGGGCUGGGGGUAGGUGUUGGGUGAUGUACAGGAGUACAGGGAAGGGAAGGGCUGUGAUGCUUUCCUCAGGCAGCAGUGWUUGUCCCUGUGCUUGUGGCCUUGCCCCAAUGUCACCACUCUCCUGCCACCCCUGAAGGACAUGGGCCAACUGAUCAACCAAACUGGCUCUCCCACAACCCUUGCAAAGUUUAUGGUAACAGGGCAUUGUUCUUGGUUUUUUCCUUUGUUUUUUUAGGGCARGAGGGACAAGCUCUGCAGAGGGCUCAUGAGGUGUGGUGGCUGGGCAUGCAGAGACCACCAUAGCUUCUGGGAUGUGUUUCAGUUAUCACRGUUUCCACUGGGACAGUGGGAAAUCCGCUUGCCCGCCAGCUGGGAGUCUCCUGUAGCGUUUCUGACAGGAGGAGAAAGCCCUGGAUCCUCCUUACCAGAAUAGGUCCUUUUCUUCCCCCGACUAACAAUGAGCCUGGGAGGAGAAGCAGCCCGUGAUUGCCUAAGGAGGGGCUGAUGGGUGCAGCUUUAAUCUAUCACUGCUGGUAGAAAUACUGAGAGACCUGGCCAAAAUCAUUGUACUGAGGCUGGUCUUCCUUCUGCUAAUACCUGAGUCAAGAUCUCUAAAAUUGCUACAGCUUUGAAGUUCUCCAUGGUGUCUGACACAAAGGGGAGAGGACCUAAGUUUGUAGAGUAGAUUGCACUACAUGUGUUCUCCCUCUCCAACACUCGGUUGCCCACAGUUAAAAAUGUCUUCGGAGUAUUUCAGGGUUUCUGGUUUACUGUAUGCUUUGUAUUCACUGGUAAAGCUGCUUAUAUCUUUGUUUUAGAACAAAUGUUUCUAUAUGUUUCACCCCUGUACCUUGUCUGUUGAACAAAGGUUUAAUUUCCUGUGCAACAAGUUUGACACAGUUUUUCACCUGAAACAAAAGCAUCAUAGCACAAAGGCCAAGAAGCCUGCAUAGGUGAGCCAUGGGUAAACAGCUYUGUCAUUGAAAGUUAAGAAUCUUAAGCCGUGCCUGAGCUGAAUGUGCCACACUUUGAUGAAUGUGCUCCUGUGGACUCGCUURCCUCCAUGAGUGCAGUCCCAUUCCUUCUUGGACUUCUGUAACUCCUUAAGACAACACUCCUAAUCCUGUUUUGCAGUGCAGGUUCAGACUUGGCUUGCUCUGGACGGUGCCCGUUGUACUUUUGCACAUCAAUCUGCUCAUCUUUCUGCCAAGAUGGCUCAGAGCUGUGUUCCCCAGACAGCUCCUGAAGCUCUUUUGAUUUUUGGGGCUUUUUUGGGGUUUCUUGGCCCAGUGACAAGGACUUGUGCCCUUAACUUGCCUCUAGAAAGCUGCACUGUGACUCUGUCUGCUUGUGACGGUGCUUUUGAUUUGCUGCACAGCACUGUUGAAGACAUGGUGGUACCUGAACUUGCAGAUGCUUGUGUGAGCUACUGCUGUUGGCUUUAGCAGAGCCAUUUAGGCCAGAGGCACCCUGCAAGGUCUGGUCCCAAAUGUUGCUCUUUGGUAUUACCAGUAGUAACCUAACUAAGGCAUGAUUCAGUUGUGGUGCCCAUGCCAGGCAGGACAGUUCCCCUACACGUAAGGGUGUCUAUGGCUUGUCUGGAAACAUGGAUGUGAUGCUCUGGUGACACCCAGGCUUGGAAAUCAAUUCUGUGUGUACAUUUGCUCCUGCUAGUGAGAGGCUGUGUCUCCAUCCCUUUCCUUGGAAGGCAGCCACGGCCAGAUCGGGUUCCAGGCUGGUGCUCCCGCUCGGGUUAGAGGGAGGCAGUGGACAAUUGGCCAUUGAGUUCACCCUAGACGUGGUGCAAUUGUGAAUGAUUUUAGGAUGCCCUUUGCUAGCURAAGAAGAGGCCUUUUGUUGGGGGUAGGGAAUCCUCUGGGGAAAAUAGAGUAACUUCUUUUUCCAACUAGUUUUGUAUAGUACUGCUCAACUUAAUUAUGCUGGGAGAAAAUGCAUUUUGAUAGCUAAACAUUACAAAACAGAGUUGAUUUUCUUGGAGACAUCCUUAUAUAGAGMAACCUGUGCAGCUGUGGGUCACUGUUCAUUUUCUGAAGCAUGUGGAARUGUCAAUA